CAGGACACCCCUGUAAUAAAAGCGGAGGAGACGAGCUCUUCCCAUCCUGAUCCUGGAGACCCACAGAGACGAUUUUCUAGAUAUUUUCUCAGACGCAAUAGGAGAGCUUUAUCAAGCCACCAUGGCAAAUCAUAGUUUGACAAACAAGUUUGAGAAUAAGGUCCGCCCCUGUAUUGAUCUCAUUGACUCACUGCGGGCGCUGGGGAUGGAGAAGGACCUGCACUUGCCGUCAAUCGCUGUCAUUGGUGAUCAGAGCUCUGGGAAGAGUUCCGUAUUGGAGGCUUUGUCCGGAGUGUGUCUCCCCAGAGGCAACGGCAUUGUCACACGUUGUCCCCUGGAACUUAGGUUAAAAAAGUCUCCAGAGGGCUCAAGUUGGUAUGGAAAAAUAAGCUACCAGAACAAAAAGGCAAAAAUUCUGAAUCCAGCAGAGGUUGAGCAGGAAGUCAGGAAAGCUCAAAAUCGCAUAGCAGGAGAAGGGAAAGGCAUCAGAGAUGAGCUUAUCACCCUGGAAAUUGGGUCACCAAACGGUCCAGACCUAACGCUGAUCGAUCUGCCAGGAAUUACGCGAGUCGCUCUACCCGAUCAGCCCCCAGAUAUUGAGCAGCAGAUUAAAAGGAUCAUCAUGAAAUAUGUUGCACGGAAAGAAACCAUAAAUCUUGUUGUGGUCCCCAGUAAUGUGGAUAUCGCAACCACUGAAGCAUUGCAAAUGGCAAAGCAAGUGGAUCCCAAUGGAGAGCGAACAGUCGGGAUCUUGACUAAGCCAGACCUGGUGGACAAGGGGGUGGAAAACGAUGUUGUAGGUGUGGUGAGAAACCAGAUAUACAUCCUUAAGAAAGGCUACACCAUCGUGAAGUGCCGUGGGCAGAGUGAAAUCGUGAACAGAGUUUCCCUGGGGGAUGCCAUCAACAACGAGAGAGCUUUCUUUGAGAACCACCAAUUUUUUAGGGUUCUUCUAGAUGAAGGCUAUGCUACCAUCUCAACACUUGCAGUAAAGCUGACAACGGAACUAGUGGAGCACAUUUUUAGGGCAUUGCCCUUUCUAAUGAAUCAGGUCAACAUUAAAUUAAAGGAAGCACAAGACGGACUGAAUCAGAUAGGCAUACAUUUUCCUGAGACUGACAGUGAUAGACUACAUUUCCUUGUUAAGAAAAUUAUGAAGUUCAAUGAAGGGAUUCAGCAAGCCUCCGAAGGUGAAGAGGUCACUAUUGGACAUCUGAAACUUUGUAAUGAAAUCCGAAAACACUUUAAUUCCUGGGAGCAGCUUCUGAAAGAAUCAACCUUAAAAUUCUCUGCGGAAAUUACCAGUCAAGAAAAUGCCUACGAGACGAUGUGGCGAGGGCAGGAACUGAAAGGACUUAACAAUUACAGAACAAUUGCGGCUAUUAUCAAGACAAAAAUGAUAACAUUGGAAGGUCCAGCGGUUCAAAAGCUGAAUGAUAUCACAGCACUCGUCCGAUCAACUUUUAGUAAUAUCGCUACCAACCACUUCCAGGAAUUUCCAAAUCUCUGCAGAACUGCCAAGGCUAUGGUUGAAAAAAUUUGCCAAGUCAAGAGUGAAGAGGCGAAACAAACUAUCCUGACUCAUUUCAAAAUGGAAGGGAGAGUGAUAUUUUGUCUGGACUCUACCUAUGGCAGUUCACUGAAUGCAGUCCGAAACAAAAAGUUGAAUCCCAAAUCUGAGUGGGAUUCAGCAUAUGAGACCUCGUUCCAUAUCGAGGCAUUUUUUCAGAAUGUAUCGGCUCGCCUUGCCAAUCAGAUCCCUCUGAUUACUCAGAAUUACGUCUUGUUUGAAGUUGCCGAUGUGCUCAAGGCAGAGAUGAUGGAGCUGAUCCAGGGUAAAGAGAAUUUAGAUGUGCUCCUACAGGAGAGGGAUGAUAUGAGCAAUAGGAGAAGAAACUUAAAGGAAGGCAUUGCACGUCUACAAGCUGCCCAGCUGAAGCUAAAAAGCUUCCACGACUAGAAGGUGGUUCAUGAUGACAGGCCCUUAACCAUCAAAAAUCUAAACCCAGAAACAAAAAAAAGUAUAUAUAUAUAUAUUGCAGCUUAUCAUGCCUA